CAACAGCAGACGAUGACCGUGAUGAUGGAGGCGACUGCGCAAGUCGCAGAUGCCGCCGUGGCCAGCGAUGUUGCUGCCCGUGGUGGCGCUGCUGGUGUGACGAAGGAGGGCGAUGGUGAGCCUGCACAGCCCCACACAAGCGAGGAUGAAACGCUGUUGAAGGAGGUGGCCAACCUCAAGGCUUCCAUGUCCGAAGCAGACAUCGAAGCAGAGCGUGACUUGGCCCAUUGGUUUCCUGCUUUUUGGUACGGCGAGCGCCUGCGCCUCACGGAGCUGAGUGGACCCCCUCCAAAAGACUUGAAUGAGGAGGAGAAGCGCUUGCACAAACAGUAUCGCGACUACAUGGCAAAGGAGCGACGGGGUCGAGACCUCUACGUGAAGCGCCAGGAGGAUGAGGCUGCCCUGUUUGAGAAGUUCAAGCCACGCAAGCGACGUGGUCCGCGCCUGCCGCGUUUUGCCGCCGCGUCACGCGAGGAGUCGAAGAUUGUCGUCAUCCCAACGCCGCAGCUGCUUCCCCCGCGUGUCCUGCGCAUGCGGCACGGCGACUCUGCGGCUGUGCCCAUCAUCACCGAGCCGCCGGCACCGAAGAUGGAGGGCCCUCCGCUCGUCUGCCAGGUCGAGUGGGAACACGACAUCAUCUCAGAGAGCGAAGACGACGAGCAUGACGAGCACGAUGAACGCAAUGGGGAAUUGAGGCACGGCCGAUCGCACGGCAUCAAGGCCCAGCCAUCGUCAUCGCUGGACAGCGCGCUUGGAUCAUCGCCAGCCUCAUCUUCCGAAUUUACCGAGGACUUGGGGCCCGAAGACAGCUUCCUCGGAGACGUGCCGGACGAGACGACGCGUCGACAGCAGCUGGUGGAGACGGCAGCGAUUGUUGCACAGAAGCGCCUCAACGCCAUCCGCAUGCGCGAAGAGGAGGAGCGUAAGAAGGCAGAACAGGCCAGGAUUGCGCGAGGAAAACGACGCGUGCGAGGCAGACCACGAGCAGCAGAGCAGAACAAACAGGCGGACGCAAAGAAGAAGAAGAACCCGCCAAAGUCAAAACCAACAGCAGCGGCAGCUGACAGUGGUGGUGCUGCUGCCUCCUCAAAGUCAAAGUCGCAGCCCAGCAACGCCACGCGAAGACAUGCUGAUCCCAAAGCGUCACAGCGCCGCUUCCUCGUGGGUGGCCAGUCUGAUGCAACAUACACUGUCGACGUCACAGACUGUGUCCAGCAGGACCAGCACAAGCCCAUGGACCUCCCACAGCGGUUCAGCGUGCUUGAGCCGCUCAACACGGCGAUGGCGACGACGCGAUGGGAGGAUGAGGUGCUCUACGACAGCGAAGAUGACAUGGACCCAGAGGCAGAACUGGUCCACCAGAAGAUGCUCCAGCAGGCACACAAGAUUGUGCUUGACAUGAACGAUCCGCACAUGGUGUUUGACUUUGCUGUGUCGCGGCCGCGGCGGCGCGUCGAGUAUGUCCUGCAGCAGAACAAGGGUCGCCUUCGUAUCCCGGACUGGAAGCUGGAGGAGAUUGCAAAGGCAAUGGCCCCAAAGGACACCCGUUUCAUGACGGAUGACAAGUUCAACCUCUCUAACGAUCGCUUUUACGCCACAAAGCACGAGAAUCCGUACCACUGGUCGAACAUGAUGCUUGACCGGCCCGUCACCCACGCCAACCCGGCCCUCAAGCUCGAUGAGCGCUUCUUCCCAACCCACCUCACCCAAAAGGAUCUGCGGUACUUCCACCGGCCGACGCUGCGAAACAUUGUGGAGAACGAACGCAGCCCGCUCCAGAACGCAAACCUCCUCGAACAGAACAGGAAGCCAAAGAUGCAGAGGGCGACUGGCACGAGUCCUUUUGAUGCGGACGACAUCACGGCCAAGACGGGGCGGGUCGUGCUGGCAGAGUACAGCGAGGAGCACCCCUUCUUCAUCAUGCGUCCAGGCAUGUGCACCGUGAUCCGCAACUUCCACCGGCCAGGCCCAACCCCGUACAAGCCGCUGCCAUACGGCAUCCUCAUCCCGAUUGAGAAGGUGGACGGCUCGCCGUUCCUCGGUCGCAUGGCGCGUGGCCAGACAGUGCAGGCCUUUGAGAACAACCUCUUCCGCGCGCCGGCCUACGCGCACCACAUGCGUGGCACAGACUUUCUCGUCACACGAAACCCGCAGACAAAGGAGCUGCACGUGCGCUACAUUGGCGACAUCUUCGUGGUGGGCCAGCUCAUGCCCAAGAUGGCACUGCCCGCGCCCAACAGCAAGGCGGCGUCCGACCUGCAGCGCAAGCGGCUGGAGGCGUUUGUGUAUCGCAUGUUCUUCAAGCGGACAGUGCGGUCGCGAAAGAGGCGACACAGGCAGGAGCGCCCACGCGUGCGAAUGGAUGCGGUGAAGAAGGCGAUGCCAGACCAGAGCGACACGAACAUUCGCCGCGUGCUGAAGGAGUGCGCCAAGUUCCAGCGGCACGGUGCAGACAACGGCUCGUGGGAGUGGAAGCUGGACUCGCUGCCCACCAAGUACGACCUGCAGGCGAAAAUCACACCGGAGGAAGUGUGCGCGUACGAGAGCAUGCUGGCUGCCGAGCAGCGGCUGAGGGACAUGGGGUACAAGACGGCGCUGAUUGCCGAGGCCGCAGACGAGGCGCGCAAGGAGCCAACGCGCAACGAAGGCGACGAUGAUGAAGACGGUGACAAGGAGAGCGGUGGCGAUGGUACGGGCGCCGUUGAUGAGGCAAAGGUGGCGCCGUGGUGCCUCAGCCAGGACUUUGUGGACUGCGUGCAGAGCAAGUGCCUGCUGGCGAUUGUUGGCUCGGCAGACCCAACUGGCACGGGCGGGAAGCUGGGCAUGUCGUACGUGCGCAUUGCGAAGAAGCCCUCCAACGCGCGCGUGCAUGAUCCCAACGCGAAGAAGAAGAGCGAUGACGCCGUGGAUCUGCGAAAGCUGCCGCUCGAGCUGGCCCGCAAGAUCCUGAUUGAGCGCUACGGCAUGACGGACGCCGAGCUCGAGGGCAUUCCUCGCUGGCACGUGAUUGGCAUUGUGCGGCGCAAGGCCACGGAGGAGGCAAAGACAUCGUCGGUCGAGCUGGACUAUGCGCGCAACAGCAACUCGGCUGUGGCCAUGCACCGGCGCAAGUUUGAGUCGCGCUGCCAGGCGGCGUUUGACGGGCAGAACGGGUCGCUGGCGAGCAUCGAGGAGGUGCCGAGCGAUGACGAGGGCGGCGAUGAUGAAGGCGGUGAGGGAGAGACACGUGGCGAGGGUGACACGGACCGCUCGACCACAGCAACAGCUUCAGCCGCAGCCGCAGGAAAGAUUGGUGGAAGCGGUGGUGGUGCCGACAGCACAAAACAGGCCAACCAGCAGCAAGCAAAGGAAAGGUACGCCAAGCAGAUGGACGAGAGGGAGGACGAUACGCAGUCGCUGGUGUCGGAGUCACAGGCGAGCGUGGUGUCUGCCCGCAGCGUGAAGGGCAAGCGGGACGAGAAGAAGAGCAAAAAGGCAGCAAAGAAGGCAAAGAAGGACAAGAAGAAGAAAAAGAAAAAGGAGAAGAAGAGGGAGAAGAAACGGCAACAACAGCAGCAACAGCAGCACCAUGCCAAGCAGGGUCGCAGUGACGGCAACAACAAUGCUCAUGAAGAGAAGCAGGCUCGUAACAACACCAUCACCACCAGCAACAACAACAACAACAACAACAACAACAGCGGUGAUGGUGAUGGUUCAAAGAGCAAGAACGGCGGCGAUUCGCAAGGAGAGCGUCGGUCGCCGUCACCCUCGCCAUCGCAGCAGCAGCAGCAGACGGGGCCCAAACGCAAGCUGAAGAUCUACCGCGCAACGCUCAAGCCCGAGCACCGCGACAAGAAGGGCAAGGUCGGCCCCUCGGACGCACGCGCAAACCCGGAGUGGUUCACCAUCCGUGUGGAGACGGUGGAGGACCCACGGGUCAUCAGCGCGUAUGUGCUCGAGACGCGCGCGAGACUGGCGGAGCAGCAGCAGCACAACCGCCGCUACGGCGUGAAUGCGCCCGUGCAGAACAUUGAGGGCUCGCUGGCGGUGAGCGACACGAGCACAUCGGCCAUGGCCCUCACGGGAACCAAGCUUCGGCUCAACAUGAGCUUGAUGCAGCAGAGCAGCGAGGCGGGGACGGCCAAGCGCGGCAGCAGCAGCGGUGGCGGCGGCGCUGAGCAGCCGGCGAAGCGAGCCAAGUCGCGGGGUGGAAGUACCUCCUCCGCGCUGCGUGCACAGGCGAGCGCAGACGGCGCCAGCAGCGUGUUUGGCGACACGGGCGGUGGCGGCGACAACGAUGACGCGCGCUCUGUAUCUUCACGGACAUCGCGCACAUCCAAGCGAUCCGCACGCAGCAGGAAACCCGCCACGACAGCGCCGGCAGCAACGGCAGCUGCAGGCACAGCGGUGAGUGAUGGGGACAAGGAGACGGCGCGUGGCCCGCUGCGCGUGCGUCUGUCGCUGGCCGGUGACAGCCGGGCGGAUUCUGAGGCAGCGUCGGACGCAACGGGGACGGGACCGCCGUCGCUUCGCGUGCAGCACAAGGCGGCAAUUCGCAAGCUCAACGAGACGCUCAAAAACAUUCUCAUGCGGGUCAUGGCCAAGGAGGAGUAUGCAGAGCUGGUGCAGCUGAGCCGGGCAAAGGCGGUAGUGCCGCCUGGCCGCGGGAAGAGCAGGCGCGCAGCAGAGGCGCAAGCAAAGCAUACGCUGGACGACGUGUUAGGGCGUGCGGCGAUGCUCAAGUUCAGGAGCCUGACGCAGUUUGAAACGGCCGUGCGUGAGGCAAUUGAGGCUGCGCGCGUCGCGGGUGGUCCGUCGGUUGCCCUGGUCACCACCGCAGAACACAUGCGAAAGGACGUGGAUGACAUGAUCACGGAAGACAAGAACAACCCGUACGAGCUGGAGCGGCAGGUGGUGCAUCUUGGGUUAAUGCGCAAGCAGAGCAAAGGCGGCAAGAUGCCACCGUCAGCGCCACCAACACCUGGCAUUGGCACGCCGCUGACAACAGCACCACACUCGCCCGCGUCCACUAUCGGUGGUGCAGCCACGACCACAACAACAGCAGCAGCAGCAGCGACGGCGACGGGUCUUGGUAAGGAUGCGUCCGUGGGCAGUGGCGAGGGUGGUGCGACUGGCACACCGCUGGGCAGCGCAACAGGAACAACGGGCGCAAGCACAACCGGUGUUGGCAGUGGUGCGUUACCACCAGCCACGCCAACAACAGCACAGGCAACACCAGCAACACCUGCGACAGCUGCGACAACAACGGGAGCGCCAGUGCAAGGGCCAGCACAGGGCGCCCCUGCAACACCCGUGCAGUCGAUGCCCAAGCUGACGUUCCGGCUGAACCAGGGGUCUGUGGUGGCGCCGAGCAGUGAGGAGGGCAGUGGGUCUGGUGCUGCGCUGUUGGACGACAGUCUGCGCAUGCUGGAAGAUGUUGAUGAUGGCAGUGCCGGCGAUGGUAGCAAGAAGGCAUAACUAUGAGAGUGUGAGUGAGUGAGUGUGUGUGUUCGUGUGUGUGUUUAUGUGUGCGUGUGUGUUUGUGCGUGUGUGUUUAUGUGUGCGUGUGU